AUGGCUGCUGCAAUUCAAACAGUCUCCGAGAGCAAGGAGCUCCGGGGCCUGAACCUGAUCGCGGCACAUUCCCAUAUUCGCGGUCUUGGAGUCGACCCAGAUACCCUAGAGCCGCGAGCUUCAUCACAAGGACUGGUGGGGCAAGAAAAGGCUCGUAAAGCUGCUGCCGUGAUCUUGCAGAUGGUCAAGGAGGGGAAGAUUGCAGGCAGAGCUGUAUUGAUUGCCGGUCCACCAAGUACGGGGAAGACCGCGAUUGCAAUGGGUAUGGCACAAUCAUUAGGGACCGAUGUACCUUUUACGAUGCUUGCCUCCUCCGAGAUCUUCUCGCUGGAGAUGUCAAAGACCGAAGCUCUCGAGCAAGCCUUCCGAAAAUCCAUCGGCGUACGGAUCAAGGAGGAGAGUGAGAUGAUAGAGGGCGAGGUGGUCGAGAUCCAAACCGACAGAAGCGUAACAGGGGGCACAAAGCAAGGCAAGCUCACAAUUAAGACUACGGACAUGGAAUCAGUCUACGACAUGGGUAGCAAAAUGAUCGACUCUAUGACCAAAGAGCGCGUAAUGGCAGGCGACAUCAUCUCCAUCGACAAAUCCUCGGGCAAGAUCUCAAAACUUGGACGCUCAUACGCAAAGUCCAGAGACUACGAUGCCAUGGGGGUAGACACCAAAUUCCUACAAUGUCCAGACGGCGACCUCCAAAAGCGAAAAGAAGUAACACACACCGUAUCCCUACACGAAAUUGAUGUAAUCAACUCCCGAACACAAGGCUUCCUCGCUCUCUUCUCCGGCGACACGGGCGAGAUCCGCAGCGAAGUCCGCGACCAGAUCAACACUAAAGUAGCUGAAUGGAAAGAGGAAGGCAAGGCCGAAAUCGUACCUGGCGUGCUCUUCAUCGAUGAGGUACACAUGCUCGAUAUCGAAUGCUUCUCGUACAUCAACCGGGCUCUCGAGGACGAGCUGGCGCCCAUCGUCAUCAUGGCAUCCAACAGAGGCAAUUCCCGUCUGCGCGGAACGAAUUAUAAAUCUCCUCAUGGGCUUCCAUUAGAUUUCCUCGACAGAUUAGUCAUUGUGUCCACACACUCGUACCAAAAAGAAGAAAUCCAGCAAAUCCUCGCCAUCCGCGCCGCAGAAGAAGAAGUAGAUCUCACACCCGAUGCCUUGGCCCUCCUCACGAAAAUUGGCCAGGAAACAGGACUCCGCUAUGGAAGCAACUUGAUUACCACCAGUCAGCUGAUUUGUGCGAAGAGGAAGGCGAAGCAGGUUGGUGUUGAGGAUGUACAGAGGAGUUUUAGCCUGUUCUAUGAUAGUGGGAGGAGCGUGAAGUUUGUAUCGGAGUUUGAGAAGAGGCUGAUUGGCGAUCAGGGCGGAGUGAGUCUGAAUGUUACGAAUGGACAUGGUGAUGCUAUGGAUAUUUCUUGA